AUGGAUCUUUAUUAUUCACCUUAUUCUCCAACGACAGGUGCUAUCCUUAUGAUCGCCGCUGCUCUUGGUCUGGAAUUCAACAAAAUUCAGAUCAAUCUUGCUGCGAAGGAGAAUCUAACGCCAGAAUUUUUAAAGCUCAAUCCUCAGCACACUAUACCAACUAUCGUCGACAACGGAUUCGCACUGUGGGAGACUCGCGCCAUUAUCACCUAUCUGGUUGAGAAGUACGGAAAGGAUGAUUCCCUUUAUCCUAAGGAUCCUCAGAAACGUGCUGUUGUGAAUCAACGAUUAUAUUUCGAUUUGGGAACACUCUUCAAGGCUCUCGCAGAGUAUUAUUAUCCACAGUUCCAAAGUCAACCAGGUGAUCCUGAGCUAUUCAAAAAGGUGGAAGAGGCUCUGAAUUUCCUUGACAAAUUCUUAGAGGGUAAACAAUACUUGACAGGUGAUUCAUUCACCGUUGCUGACAUUGUCAGCCUCUCCACUAUUUCAUCAUUCCAAGCUCUUGGCCUUGAUAUUAGUAACCAUGAGAAUGUUGUAAACUGGUACGAGAAUGCCGGCAAUGUUGCUCCUGCAUGGAAUGAGGUCGAAGAGGGUGCGGCUAAUUUGAAGGCGUUGUUUAAAUCAUUUCAGGAAAAUUCAACCGAUUGA